AUGUUGUGGGAACCAAUUUGCAAUACGACGAGCGUUGAUGCUCAGUUCAACUAUUGCGCCCAGCCAGAUCCGGCCGUCGCCUUUUCGGUGUUCUUUGGCCUAACUUUCUUCGCCCAUGUCCUCCAGUCGUUCACGUUUCGUAAAGCGUUCUGCUGGGUGGUUGUCAUGGCCGCGUUGUGGCAGUUUGUGGGCUUCGCAUGUCGAGUCUACGCUACCAAGAACCAGACCGUGAAUUCCUCGGGGGCAGCAGCGAAUCUUCUCGUGUUGCUAGCCCCGCUGUGGGUGAAUGCCUUUGUAUACAUGGUGUUUGGUAGGAUAGUAUUUUACUUCCUUCCAGAGCAGAAGGUUGCCGGAAUCAAGGCAGUGAACAUGGCUAGGUGUGCGUUCAUUAUUCAAGCCACAGGAGGUGUCUUGACCCAAAAUGAUGAUUCAAAAAUGAUAAAGCUCGGUCUCCGGCUAUACACGGUCGGUAUUGGAGUUCAGGAGGCCUUUGUCUUGAUGUUCAUGGGGCUAGCUAUCCGGUUUCACUGGAAGAUGGCCCAUGGCUUCGGCGUCAUUGAGCGCGGGGACGGCUGGAAAAAACUCCUGUAUACUACCUACGCCACUUUGGCUUUGAUCACCAUCCGUAUCAUCUACCGGUUGUGUGAAUUUGCAAGCGGGGACGUCAACAGCACCCUCUCGACCACUGAAUCUUACUUCUACGCCUUGGACGCGACGCCCAUGUGUGUUGCUCUUUUCCUGUGGAACAUUAUCCACCCGGGCUCCAUCCUCCAAGGUCCCGAGUCUCUGUUUCCCAAGAAGAUCAAGCUCACACGAGCUCAAAAGAGGUUUGCAAAGGAAGAGAAGAAGAACGGCAAGGCGGCCUUGAAGCUAGAGGAGCGCCCGGGGCGGACGGAGAGGAAGUCCCGUAGGCAUAGGCAUUCCCACCGCGAAAGUGAUGGGAUUGAUAUGACCUACCAAUCGCACCGUGAAAUGGUUUAG